AACACAACUUUUAUCACAAUCAUCAUUUGUAGCCGCCAUCAAGCCAAUAACAACGUUUAAAAGAUCACCAAUACCACCACCAUCACUGUCAUUAACCAGCUAUCAAGAGGAACCACGGAUAUUAUACCACCUUAUAUUCAUCAAUACGCAUAAAUAUAGAAUCCUUCCCACCCAGGCAUUUUUCCGGACAAUAAACCGUAACAAAGCAAUGGCGGAGGAAGUAGAAAAGUACGACAGCCAUCGUUUCGACGAUGUGUUCUACGCGUACACGGAAUUGUUCAUGAAAAGAAAUUUUACAGACGUGAGCUGGUCAAACGAUUUUCACGAAACAAACUUUGAUCGGGUGACGGCGUUCCCCAUAGAAAUCGUACGCCCAUAUAUGGAGCGACUUUUGCAGGUGCACGGCAAGGGACCGCUGCUGCACACAAUCAUAGCCGCGAAUUUUGAGUGCAAGCCGUUGCCGUCCAACACCGGACGGUUCACUCUCGUUAUGAACAACGCUCGAAACUCUUACACUAUGACGAACGACUUGGUGGGGCUGAUCGCCGCGUGCGGCCUGAACACGCGAAAGGUGGCGAACUGUGUGUACGAGUGCCUCCGGUGCCAAUCCUCCAUAGAACACCCGGAAAUUUCGAUGAGCAUUUACGAUCUGUUGCGGAUGCACGCAACGAAUUGCGAGAUGUCCAUCGACAGGAGAUAUCUCAAGCCGCUGACAGACUUUUGGAGGAAGUGCGACCACGACGCGUACAGAAACUUCCUGCACAAGACCGUGGCCGAGACCGUGCUCAUGAAGAUGGGGUUGUUAAUCAUUCGCCCGCAUCGGUAUAACGAGAUACCGUACUCGGUGUUCACGCGUAACAGGCUUGUGUCGUUACACAUGGUGUUGCAGUCGCGCAAGCGUCCGCGCUUUGACGAAGACGCGCUAAACAGGAUGGUCCAGGCCGGUUACUUUACAUUCUCGACUCCGAGAGCGACGAGCUGGCGCGAGUUAAAGAAAACGCUCAGGGAAUUCACGCGUACUCCGAUCGUCGACAGUAAGAUCACGUGUUUCAGUUGCCAUCACGCGGUCACCUUGAGCGCCGAGUUUGCCAAUGACCCGUGGAAAUACCACGCCAAGAAGUCACCGUCUUGCAAAUUUUUGUUGAUGAAGAUGGGCUCGGAUUACGUUAGACGGGUACGGGAAUCGAUGUACGACUUCCGUCCGAGGAACAGAACGGAGCUAAACGCGGCCGUGAUCGAUCCCGAGUUGGAUUUGCACCCACCAACUAUUCCUGUAGGGGAGUUUUUUGACAUGUGCGAAGGCAUGACUGAUCGAAAAACAACUGAAUUGCGAGUUGCCUUGUCCACGACCACCGUAACUGAAUGCACCGUGUGCAGCACCGAAUUGCGCACUGUUGCUUUGAUGUCGUGUUUACAUAUUGCGACCUGUGUAGAUUGCUCAUUUGCAAUUCGUGAUUGCCCGCUUUGCAGAACAAUAAUCACUGGCUUCAUGAUGCCGGUAUUCCAGUCCGACGGCUCGUUCUGGAUACAGCCAGGAUGCGUGGGUGGAAAUUAUUUUAUGAAUCUACCGUGUCGUCACUUGAUAGAGACAUGUGUCCCAAACAAUGUUAACCAAUGUCCAAAAGCGGAUGCUGUAGAAGAAGACAACAUCUACUGCGUCGUGUGCGGUAAAAUGAACUUAGGAAAAUUAAGAGUCUACCUUUAAAUAUUAGGCACUGCAAGUUUAAAUAUAUUAGUGUGUAGCAGUGUUUAAAUUAUUGACAAAAUAAAUUAUAGGUAAUAACGUAAAUAAAUAUGGGGACUCUGUAUACUUUUUGUAUGUCUCCAUAUUUUUUUAUAGCACGUUGUGUCGUAGUGCCGUACACCUCCUUUCAAAUUAAAAUAUAUUUAAAUAAUUAUAUAGGUAAUAAGUAGGGCUAGGAUUUAUAUGCAACAGUAUGUUUUUUUUGCAACUUUUGAUUAUUGCUUUUGUCAGUAAUGUGUACGAAACGCCUCACGAUGAGAAGAACAG